UUAUUUGGACUCCACCUGCUAAUUCAAAAGAGAAAUUUCAGGUAGGCGGGAAGCUCAGUCCUUCAGAGGAUUCUGGGAUGUGUAGUCCAGACGCUUUCUGGGAUUGGGACACUUCCGCUCCAAGAAAGCGCAAAACUAUUUGCUCCGCUGGAGAAGUGGGAGAGCAUAAUACAGUGCUCUGCAUGUUCGGAGGCGUUUCGGCUACCGGAGGGCUAGAAUGCGAAGCCCUCUCCUUUCGUGGACUCCGAGAAAUUGGAUUCAGGCCGUAGGUGUCCGAGCCGGCUUUCCGCCUCACGCGUGGGCGGGAGAGCGGCUCGGGUUCCUCUCGGGAAUGCUGGGAAAUGUAGUCCAGGAGCUCCGCGUAGCGGGAGGUAUUUCCGCUGCGGGAGGUGAAGAUCGCGGCCUUCGUUUCUCUCUGGGAGGGACCACUGUUUCCCGGACCUCAUCAUAUUCUUUUCAGAGUGCCUAGCAGCAACCUAGAGGUUGGCAGAGAAGAGUUACGCAGUGAGUGGCUAUGUGACAUGAAAAAAUGCAACACGUUAUCGAAAGGGGAAAAGAGGAUUUUAAGGCAAUAGGGCAGUCUGUUGCGGUUACAAGAAUAUCUGAGAAUAUCCAUCUGAGAAUAUCUGGAGGGUCGUUUUGACUGAUGCGACUCACAUAGUGCCCCAGAAACCAACAGCAUCACCAUCAUCUGGGAUAUUGUUAAAAACAAGCAGCAGAGAAGCAAGAUCUAGAAUAUCGGUUCUAGUGUGAGAGCUGGAUUCCAGUUCUGCCCAUGCGUCGUGACCUCAUCAAGACUCAGCUUCUUCAUCGGUUAAAUAGGAGACAUAGUCCUCGUUGUCAUUGAUUGAGAACUUCCUAAAAUGCCAGCAGAGGAUGGGCACAGAGGUGUAGGCGAUUGGACCAAAGUCACACGACCUGUGGGAUAGUAGCUUCGUCCCAGAACUCAGCCCUUCUCUAGAAGGACGAGGACAAAAUGACCAAGUUCAAGGAGGCUGUGACGUUCAAGGACGUGGCGGUGGUCUUCACGGAGGAGGAGCUGGGGCUGCUGGACCCCGCCCAAAGGAAGCUGUACGGAGAUGUGAUGCUGGAGAACUUCAGGAACCUGAUUUCUGUGGGGCGUCAGCCCUUGACCCCAGAUGUAAUACUCCAGUUUGAGAGGGGAGAAAAGUUUCGGAUGAUAAAGACAGCAACCCAGGGCCACAGCCCCUCAGGAGACAAGAAUCUAAAUGACCUGGAGACUCUUCAGGAAAUUGGAUUAAAGUACCUGCCACAUGAAGAACUGUUCUGUUCGCAAAUUUGGCAACAGGUUACAAAGGAGUUAACCCAGUGCCAAGAUUCCGUGGUCAGUAUUCAAGGAACUGGCUCUCAGUUGGAAAAACGAGGUGAUGCACUCUAUAAAGAUGAGGAGAUUGGUAAAGGCUUUAAUCAGAGUUCACAUCUUCAAGUUCACCACAGAGACCACACGGGAGGAAAACCCUGCCUGGGGGAGGAGCGUGAGAAAGGUUUCAUUCAGCGCUGUCGUCUUCAGACUAACCAGACAGCCCACGUAGGAGAGAAGCCCUAUAAAUGUGAAAAAUGUGAAAACACCUUCCGUCGGCUUUCAAGCCUUCAAGCCCAUCAGAGGGUCCAUAGCAGAGAGAAAUCAGACAAGUAUGAUACAUCAUGUGAGGGUUUCAGACAGAGGUCAUGUCUUCACCAUCAUCAGAGAGUUCCCACUGGAGAGAAUCCACGCAAAUACGAGGAGUGUGGGAAGAACUUCAGGAAAAGCUCACGUUGUCAUGCUCCUCUAAUAGUCCACACAGUAGAGAAACCUUAUAAAUGUGAGGAGUGUGGGCUGAGCUUCAGUCAGAGCUCAUAUCUUCAAGUCCACCAGAGAAUCCACGUGGGAAAGAAGCCUUAUAGAUGUGAAGAGUGUGGGAAGGGCUUCAGUUGGCGUUCGCGACUACAGGCUCAUCAGCGAAUCCACACUGGAGAGAAACCAUACAAAUGUGAGGCGUGUGGCAAGGGCUUUAGUUACAGCUCACACCUUAACAUUCAUUGUAGAAUCCACACAGGAGAGAAACCGUAUAAAUGUGAAGAGUGUGGGAAAGGCUUCAGUGUAGGUUCACACCUUCAGGCCCAUCAGGUAAGCCACACUGGAGAGAAACCUUACAAAUGUGAGGAGUGUGGGAAGGGCUUCUGUCGGGCUUCAAAUCUUCUGGACCAUCAGAGAGGCCAUACUGGUGAGAAACCGUAUCAGUGUGAUGCGUGUGGAAAGGGCUUCAGUCGUAGCUCAGAUUUUAACAUUCAUUUUAGAGUCCACACAGGAGAGAAACCCUAUAAAUGUGAGGAAUGUGGGAAAGGCUUCAGUCAGGCCUCAAAUCUUCUGGCUCAUCAAAGAGGCCACACUGGAGAAAAACCAUACAAAUGUGGAACAUGUGGGAAAGGCUUCAGCCGGAGUUCAGAUCUUAACGUUCAUUGUAGAAUCCACACUGGAGAGAAACCGUAUAAAUGCGAGAAGUGUGGUAAGGCCUUCAGUCAGUUCUCCAGUCUUCAAGUGCAUCAAAGAGUCCACACAGGAGAGAAACCGUAUCAGUGUGCAGAGUGUGGGAAGGGCUUCAGUGUGGGUUCACAGCUUCAAGCCCACCAGAGGUGCCAUACUGGGGAGAAACCAUACCAGUGUGAGGAGUGUGGGAAAGGAUUCUGUCGGGCGUCAAAUUUUCUGGCUCAUCGUGGAGUCCACACAGGAGAGAAGCCAUACCGGUGUGAUGUGUGUGGUAAGCGCUUCAGACAGAGAUCCUAUCUUCAAGCCCACCAGAGGGUCCACACUGGAGAGAAACCGUACAAAUGUGAGGAGUGUGGUAAGGUCUUCAGUUGGAGCUCAUACCUUCAAGCCCAUCAGAGGGUCCACACUGGAGAAAAACCAUAUAAAUGUGAGGAGUGUGGGAAGGGCUUCAGUUGGAGCUCAAGUCUUAUAAUUCAUCAGCGAGUGCAUGCUGAUGAUGAGGGUGAUAAAGACUUGCCCUCCCCGGAGAAUUCACACAGGAAAGAAGCUCCAUAAAAUUAUAUGUUUUAAUACCUCAAGUGGGUGCUGAAAUAGUCCAAUUAUCAGACCUGUCCUAGAAGACAAAGCGUGUUUAUAAAUAAAGAGUAUUUAGCCAGGGCUUGACAUGUCACAGUGGCUGGGUGACCACACAGCAGAGAAGUCUCAUGAGGGUGGCGACAUAAGACUUCAUUCAGAACUUUCACAUUUAGCAGAUAUUACACAGAAGAGAGGUUUAGGAAGGAUGAAUCUGAUCUGAAAUUACCCGAAGGGCUGAGUUGGAAGUGCCAGAAUCUCUUCCACGAGAAUAUAAGCUCCAAGAGAGUAGGGAUUUGUCGACUGCCAAAUCUAUUCAGUCUUUUCAGUGCCUAACACGUGGUAGGUGUUCAGUAAUGUUAAAUGAGUGAAAAGGAGAAUGGUCAUAUAUGAAAUUUUUAUUCAGUUCUCUACAAAUUUCUAUGGAAUGUAUUUAGAAGAGGGAUUCUUUUUUUUUUAAAUUUUUAUUAUGUUAGUGACCAUACAGUACAUCAUUAGUUUUUGAUGUCGUGUUCCAUGAUUCAUUACUUGCGUAUAACACCCAGUGCUCCAUGCAAUACGUGCC